ACAUGGCUUGUUGUUAUUUUGACAUUUGGAACUAUUUAUAUUUUGAGACAGAUUCAUUUUCUUUUUAGAAAUUUUACAUAAAUAUUAAUAUUUUAUUGUUAUUUUUUAAUAAUAACUAAAUAAUUUUAUACUAAACUAUGGCACCAUCAAUACCGGACAGGUGGAAGGACUAUAAACCCGUUGGUGAGAAGAUAGAAGGUACAAGAUUUAUUGCAUUUAAGGUGCCACUUAAAGAGCAUAUUUCAAAAAAUGUCAAUAGUGACAUUCGCCUAGAUGGCAAUAUACUCUUAAAAAUGGUUCCUAACUUGGGUCUUAUUAUAGAUUUAACAAAUACCAAUCGUUAUUAUGAUCCUAAGUUUUUUGAAAAAGAAGGUGUUGAACAUAAAAAGUUAAUGACACCAGGACAUGAUACUCCACCUAAUCACAUAGUAAAGAGAUUUAAUAAGAUCGUUAAAGACUUUAUGGAAAAUAAUAGUGAUAAUGAUAAAUUAAUUGGUGUUCACUGUACUCAUGGGGUAAAUCGUACUGGUUAUUUAAUAUGUAACUAUAUGAUCUCACAAAUGACUAUUGAACCAAAUGAGGCCAUGGAUAGAUUUUCUAACGCGCGAGGGCAUAAAAUUGAAAGAAACAAUUACAUUGAAGCUCUGCAUAAGCUCAUACAAAAUUCCGAUGAAAAGAUACAAAUUGAACGUAAUAAUAUAAACCAGGGUCAGCUACACCACAGCUAUAGCAGAUCACUUAAAAACUAUCGUAACAGAUAUGAUAAUAAAAGAAGACAGUCAAAAUCUAGAUCCAUAUCACCACUACCCUUUUAUAACGAUAAUAAUGAGAGAAAUGAUUAUUAUUCCUAUCGAAACCGUACAGCAGCUAAUCACAAUAGAAGACAAUCAAGUUCACGUUCACCCCAUCCACCAACUUUUUAUGCAAAUAAUGAUCUAAGGAAUGAUUAUUAUAAUUAUGGCAGACCAGCAAUUGAAAUACCUUACAGUCCCAUGCCACAACCUCAACCAGCACCUUACUGUGCCAUGCCACCAUCAACUCAACUAGCACAAAGUGUUGAAAGGCAGCUACCGGUUAACUAUCAACCACCUUAUCAAACGUCUCGUUUAAGAUUAGAUUAUUACAAUAGACAGCCCUCUAAUGGCAGAGAACAUAAUAGAAAUUUGCAACGCAAUGCUUCUGAACGUAAUACGCAUAAUUUCUAUGUUUAAAAUAAUGUAAGAAAAGGGUUUUUUAUAUAUAUUUUUGGGAAAGUUGCAUGUUUAAGAAUUGAAUUCGAUUUUUAAUUUAAAAAUUGUCUUCUUAAAAUUGAAACCAAUUUUACAUAAUAAACAUUUAUACAUUGUACAAUGUAAAAGUAUUUUGAUGGAAAAA